UAUUUCAAAUGGCGUAGUGCAUUUGGCGAUCGUCAUGACAGUCGUGCACUUCGACGGAUUGAGACGACUUAAAUCGACUACUAAUAGACUUUUUAGGUAGCGAAGAUCCAUCGACCGUUUGCUACAGCAAGUUUAUUAUAUUAUAAUAUUUUAUACUAUAACCGGCAGCUCUCAAAAUGACUAAUCCAUCCAUAGUGAUCAAAAAACCGACAUGGUGGAUGCGGAGGACGAACGCGGAACGGAAUCUGAUCAUCUUCGCCGGCGGAAUGGUAUUGGCGUCCACGCUCCUGGUCCUAACUCUAACCAUGUACUUGAACGUUUCGAACAGCUGCAUUAAUGCUGACAGUCAUAUAUUAACCAAAAAUAAUAGUUCAAUUCGCAAAUCAAGGAGUGUGUUCGAGUAUAGAGAAAACGAAAAAAAUAACACCAUUUGUCUCACUCCUGGAUGUGUGAUAGCUGCGGAUUCCAUAAUUCAAAAUAUGGAUCAAUCAGUAGAUCCGUGUGAUGAUUUCUAUCAGUUUGCAUGUGGUAAUUUUAUGAAACACGCUAAUGUAGCCGAUGACGAUCAAUAUACGCAGUUUGGUACGAUGCAAUUUCAUGUAUUGAACAAGGUACGAAUGAUCCUCGACGAACCCAUUCAACCAGAUGAACAAAAACCGUUUAAAAUGGCGAAAUUACUGUAUAAAUCUUGCAUGGACACAGAAAAAAUCGAAAAACAAGGAUUGACACCCAUCAAGGAAAUGUUGAAAGGAUUCGGCGGAUGGCCAGUGCUGGAAGGCAAUAAUUGGAACGACACGGAGUUCACGUGGAUGGAAAGCAUGUACAAGUUAAGAAUGGCGGGCUUUAACAUAAACUACUUUAUCGACAUCUACACUGCUUUAAUAAACGAUACGACUAGAACUAUAUUUUUGGACAAACCAUCUCUGGGACUUAGUCGAGAGAAAAUGGUAGAGAGCAAUGUGAAUGAAUACUACAGAUACAUGGUGGACAUUGCGGAGCUGUUCGGCGCUAAUCGAUCGGAAUCUCUCUUAACAGAGUUAGGAAAAUCAUUGGCUUUCGAGUUAAAAUUGGCCAAAAUAUCGCAGUCAUCGGAAGAGGAUUUGAACGACACUACGAAACAAAGCCAGAUGAAAAUUGCGGAUUUACAACAAAAAUUCCCGAGCAUACCAUGGGAAGAGUACUUGAACAAACUUCUAAAUCCGUUUACCAUACAACAAGACAAUAUUAUAACUGUACACUCACCGAAAUACUUGUCGGACCUCGAAACCCUACUUAGCAUUACGCCCAAAAGGGUCCAAGCAAAUUACGUGUUUUGGAGAGCUAUCAUGAGUUCUGUUAAAUUUCUGACUGAAGAAUUAAGAAUGAAAAAGUUGAAUUACGAUAGCGAAAUAAGUGGUACAACUUCAUUAGAGAGAUGGAAAGAAUGCUUGUAUACAAGUAUUUUUUAUUUUGACCACGCUAUUUUAUCGAUGUACGUUAGACGGUUUAUUGACGAAAACGCUAAAAAGAACGUUUCAGAAAUUACAAAUGGCAUCAGGGAAGAAAAGUACAAAAUAUUAUCAACAAUUGAUUGGAUGGACGAUGAAACAAAAAAACACGCGAUAGAUAAAGCAAAACUGAUGCUUCAUCACAUUGCAUAUCCUGAUGAGAUAUUGGACGAUAACAAGUUGAAUGCAUAUUACGAAAAUAUUGAAUUUGAUAACAACACAGACUAUUAUACGUCAUUAUUAAAAAUGAAUAAAUUCGAAACUGACAACAUUUUUUCUAAGUUAAGACAACCUGUUAACAAAUCAGAUUGGACUAAUUACAGUGCUCUUUUGUCUAAGCGUACGAGUUAUGGUUUAGUUAAAAACAUUUUGAAGGUUCCCGCUGGUAUCUUCCAAGACCCAUUCUUCUCCAACGAUCGCCCUCAAUACAUGAAUUACGGUGCCAUUGCUUCGUUAAUUGGGAACUAUGUCAACAAUGAUUUUAUGGAGGAGCUUGGCAAAAAGCACGAUAAGCAUGGUAACUAUGUGCAAUGGUGGACAAAUGUGACAAAAAAUAACUACUCACAAAAAGAAAAGUGCAUCGUGCUACAAUAUUAUAUUUACACAAAUAGUGAAAUCAGUGCCAAGGUUUCGGAUCAGGAAUUUUUAGAUAAGGCUUCGAGUACGGUGAACGCUAUCGUCGUGAUGUAUGGUGGCCUCAAAGAGGCGUAUUAUGCGUACAACUCGUGGACCAAACAACACGGCGUUGAACAGCGGUUGCCCGGGCUUCAAGAGUACACACCACAACAGAUGUUCUGGGUGAGCGCCAUCAACACGUUGUGCUUUAAAGGUGGAAAAAAUCUCGACACAGACUCCUCUCGCAACCAGAUUAUCAGCUCAUUAUUCAACCUGGAAGACUUCAGUAACGACUUUCAGUGUCCGCUAAACUCCGGAAUGAAUCCGGUCAAGAUAUGUAAGGUAUGGUGAGAUCACCCUCCGACCAUGAACAUAUUAUUUUAAUUAUUCAAUUGUUUUUAAAGUGUACGGCACAGUAACUAUGUGUACCGACAAUCAUUGAACAAUAACAUAACAUAAUAAAAUUAUAAUAUAACAUGUAAUGUUCAUUUUUUUUAAAAAAUAAAUGAUUUACACUGAAAAA